AUGUUGAAGAACCUUGAUAUUCGAAAUGUUCGUGUGGCAAAAGAUGUGUUGGAAAAAAUUAUUGUUGGCUCUCCACUGCUGGAGAGAAUGAUUCUAUGUGACUUAGUGAGUGUCGGCGUUCUCAAGGUUGAUGCACCAAAUCUCCAAUUCCUUAAAGUUGUAGGUGUUUCUGAAGAAAUUAAGCUUCAGAAUGUCCCGAAUCUUGUUGAUGUUUCAAUCGGCCAAACAAGAAUCGACCACAAUGAGGCUUCUAGAAGAAGUUGUAGCAAAUUGCUCCAGUAUUUUCUUAGCCUGCCUGGUAUCCAAAGGCUCACUAUUGAAGGUUGCCUUUUAGAGCAGUGUGAUAUUAAUUCAUUUCCCUUGCCGACGGAGCUGCCUGAAUUGCUUUCAUGUCUGAACUUUCUUUCUGUAAGCAUGCGCUUGAAUAGUUUGGACGACAUUUUAGUUGCUACGCUUCUUCUGAGAAGCUCACCUGCUCUACAAGUUCUAGAAAUAGAGUUUAGAGACAACAACAAAAUGGGGAAGAGAUUAAAAGCUGCAGCUGGGGGAGAUUAUAACAAUCGAAAAUGCACAUUCAACCAGCUGAGAAUUAUGAAAGUAACCAACUGUAGUGGUGUGAAAGCUGAAGCAGCUUAUAUCAAAUUUUUGCUUUCAAGUUCACAUGUGCUCAACACGAUGAUUCUUCAGCCUGUUUCUGCCGGAAUUUCUUGGGAACUAGUUGAGUUGAUGAUAUGGUUCAAUCGCUUUUCGGCGCAUGCCGAGUUAAAGUCUUGA